GAGGAACUCACACUUCCGGUCCUUCAUACAAACACAUGUGAACUAGCCGCUAGCUUAGUCAACAACACAAAAGGGGCAAUAAACGCCACUGAAGAUGGUCCAGUUAAGUAGAAUCAUCUUCCGGAAAUAUGGAAACCUUGUGGAUAACUUACGUUUGUACGUCCGUGGAGGCAGUGGGGGCAUGGGUCUUCCCCGUCUUGGGGGACAUGGAGGAAACGGGGGAGAUGUUUGGGUGGUGGCUUCAAAAAAUGUGACCUUGAAGAGGAUCAAGGACAAGUACCCCCAGAAACGUUUUUUGGCUGAAGCAGGAGCCAACAGCAGUGUCCGAGCACUGAAAGGAGAGAGGGGGAAGGACCAGGAGAUCUUGGCUCCUGUUGGUAUCACAGUCACCGCUGAUGAUGGCAAAAUAAUUGGUGACCUGAAUACUGAGGGCGAUCGUCUGAGGGUGGCAAAAGGAGGAUACGGAGGCUCCUUCCACUCAGCAUUUGAGCCCACUAAGGGUCAGAUCAAACAGAUACGGCUGGAUCUCAAACUCAUCGCUGACCUGGGACUUGUUGGGUACCCAAAUGCAGGGAAGUCCUCUCUCCUGACUGCCAUGUCUAAUGCAACACCUCAGAUUGCCAACUAUGCUUUCACAACUUUGAGGCCGGAGAUCGGCAAACUGAUGUAUAAAGAUCACAAACAGAUUUCUGUAGCUGAUCUGCCAGGCCUGAUUGAGGGAGCUCACAUAAACAAAGGCAUGGGCCACAAGUUUCUCAAACACGUGGAGAGGACCAAGCAGCUCCUGUUUGUGGUAGAUGUUUCUGGUUUCCAGCUGGCAAGUAAAACACCGUUUAGGUCGGCCUUUGAAGCUGUUCAACUUCUAACCAAGGAGUUGGAGUUGUACAAAGAGGAGCUUGUUUCAAAGCCUGCUUUACUGGUGGUGAACAAAAUGGACGUGCCUGACGCUGAGGACAAAUUCACAGAGCUGAAGGAGCAACUACAAAAUCCAGAUGAGUUCUCUCAUAUGUUUCCUGAGGACAUGAUACCGAAGACCUACAUGACCUUCAGACACGUGGUUCCUGUCUCUGCACUCACGGGGUUCGGUAUCGACCAUUUGAAAAGUUGCAUCCGGGAAUCCCUCGAUGAAGAUGCUGCAAUGGAAACCAAAGCCGUCCAUCAACAGAGACUGCAGACACUGAGGCACAACCCACACUCGUCUUUAGAGAAGAACAUGGGCAAAAUGUAACACAUUUCAGCUGGACAAUUACGGAUGGGUCGCUUCCUAAAAAAGUUUCAAACUACAUGAACGUCAACACCAGGCAAACGGGGUGUCAUGAGAAAAGACCAGUGGAAACAGAAAGUGCAGCUUUCACUGUCCCUGGGAGUGAUAGCAGAGGAUUUUCUCAACCACGGACGCAGCCAAAACAUCAAAUGUUAUGAGGCUCAGAGUUGAUCUGUUCUUUGAAUAUUUGCUUGUGGGUCGGAGGUUAUCCAAAUCCUAUCUCAGUCAACAUGGUCCAUCUGUAUUCAGAAAUGAUGCAACAGAUUUAUAUACUUAACCAUUCAAAGAAUGUUGACCAAGCAAAUGCAAAAGCAGCACCAUGUUUUGUGCCAGAUACUUUUAAUAGAACAUACCUCAAAGACAGAAAAGACCUACCAGCUCUUUUGCAUUUCAUCAGAUUGCUCACAUAGAUCAAGUGUGUAUUUAUUUGUAUUGGUGUGUUUCGUCGGGAUGCACUGAUCCAACUCUCCCGUUACUGAUCCACAUACCUUAAUUGUGGUUGUCUUCCAAAACAGAGUAAGGAUCAGAUAAUAGUGCUUUUUUUUCCCCCUCCCAAGUUUAAAUUAUUUGAACUAUAAGUAACAAGAGCCCGGGUGUUGUUGUGGCGUCAAAUCUGAACCUGCUAUACCUGAAUGAAUGUUAGGAAGAGAGGAAAGCUGAACCUUAGUUAGCUUAAGCAGUGGAUCAGUCACGUCUGGUCAUAUCUGGUCACCAUUGGAUCAGCGCAUCCUGUUAUUGUUUAAUACAAAUAAAUGAAUGAAGCAAG